AUGUUUGGGACAAGAAGGGACAGACGUGGGCUGAAGGCCAAGGGGAGACUCAGACAUAUUGAGAGAGAACUGCACACAGGGGUAAGAUCUACCUCUGACAGAGGGCUUUGUAUUCCCCUCCCCUUUCUUUUUUCUUUCCCUGUUUCUUUUGUUGUUUUCUUUUUUAAUGUUUAUUUAGUUUUUUUAUUGUAUCAUAUGCUGAAAAGUUUCAAUAAUAUUUUUUUAACUGCAAACACUGUGAAGUUUUGCUGCUUGUUUCCUCUCUUGACUGCUGAAGAGACAAGCCCGCUGUCUGCUUUAAAAAUGGCUUGUCUUCUCAGCAGCAUUGAAAUAAGCAAAACUUUAGCUGCCCAUUCUAGGUAUUGCAUGCUACUUCUUCAGUGA